AUGCUGAACAGAAGAGGUUCCGAUUAUGAACGACUAAAAGAAAGUUUUACGAGUCACAGUGAAUAUUUGAAAUUUAUAAUUAAUGAACUUGAAGCAGCAAAUAUUGAAUGUCGCAUUGUGCGACGGUUUGAUUAUAACGAAAAUGUAAUUGCGUGGGCUGAUGCGAUUUUUUCUGCGGGAGGUGAUGGUACUUUUUUACUAGCUGCAUCAAAAGUUAAAUCAAGCCAUAAACCUGUUAUUGGUAUUAAUACGGAUCCACUCAGAUGGUUAUUUCGGCAGCGGAUUCGAAUAAAUUUGCGUGGGGUUAAAUGUCGCUUCGAAAUGUUUCAAAAUCAGUAUAUACAAGAAAAUAUACCGACAAAUGACAAGGCUGAGGAUAGAAAUGAGCAGACAGUUAUUUUACCAGAAUUGGCUUUGAAUGAUGUUUUUCUUGGAGAAAGUCUGUCUUCAAGAACGUCGUACUAUGAAGUACAAGUGGAUAAUUGCAAAUCACAGAAGCAAAAGAACAGUGGAAUCACCGUUUGCACUGUGUAUUAA